AGAGGAGAGGGCGGCCGAGCUGAGUGAGUGAGGGAGGGAGGGAGUGAGUGAAAGAAGCCGUGCGGUGCGCGCGUGAGAGGAGAGGCCGGGAGAGAGCGCCCCGAGGCCCCGCUCGGCCCGUCACGCUACCCCGAGGAUGUCGGGCCCAGCGCAGAAAACCGAGAGCCGAGCCAUCCCCACCCGCAGGGUGAUCGUCAGCGACUCGGGCCAACUGCCUCACGAUUACUGCACCACCCCCGGCGGCACCCUCUUCAGCACCACCCCGGGAGGGACUCGCAUUAUUUAUGACCGAAAAUUCCUCAUGGAGUGUCGCAACUCCCCUGUGGCCAGGACUCCGCCCCGAGACCUUCCCAAAAUUCCCGGGGUGACCAGCCCCUGCAUAGACAAGGUCAAGCCAGCCACAAAUCACGUGAUCAGCCACGAGGAAAAGACUCCUGUGGAAGACGCUCAGUUUGAGAUGGACAUUUAAGGCUCUGGCCUGAUGGAGAGGCGGAAGGUUGGCUCCGCGUGUCUCUCUCCGGCUUCCACACCAGCCCCCGCGACGUCUCCCAAGCCGUUCGCUCACAAAACGACGACAACAACAACCACCACCACCACAACAAAGUUUCCGGCCACGAAUGGAAACCCACGGAAUUCUUGAAUGCAUCCGAGGAGAGAAUGGCCCGGCCUGCGGUUACCACGGGACCCAGCGCGGUCCAGGUCCGGCCGGUUCUCGCCGCGCCUUGGAAGACGAGCGUCUCUUUGGUGGCGGGGGGUGGGGUGGGGGGGUGUUUAAUGAUCCGCUUUUAAUCCGGCUUCAAAUUUGUAUCAUUUUAUCGUCGGCUCUGAAGGCUGGCGUGUCAGAGGAGGAGAGUGGUGGGGGGGGGGGGGGGAGUGAACAGAACAAAUAAAGUCAAAUUCUCUUAACGUGAGCUUGCCGCAA